UUAGACCCUGGUGCCUCGCUCUGCCUGGAUGGAGCGGAACGCGAGCGAGUACCUCUGGGAGCUCUUCAACGAGUAUCUCACCAACCAAUACCACGGCUUCAAAGCGCUCCUCGCCUACCUUCAGCAGCAGUUCAACCAAUCACAGCCGGACACCAUUCACACCUUCCAGAACCUGUAUGGCUGCGACUGGGACUCGGCCAGCGGGCAUAAGGACGCGUACCAUCACCAUGGUUACGAUGGGAAAGACUUGAUGGAUGGACAUGAAGACUGGGACGCUGAAGUGGGAGGCGGUCCCGCUGAAGUGGGAGGCGGUCCCGCUGAAGUGGGAGGCGGUCCCGCUGAAGUGGGAGGCGGUCCCGCUGAAGUGGGAGGCGGUCCCGCUGAAGUGGGAGGCGGUCAUGCCCGAAGCAGAGCCUCUGGCCAGGAAGUGGAACAGUCUGACAAGAGAACUGAAAUACUUGAAGUGGUCUUCACUAAGGAGUGUCCUGAAAUGCUGAGGAAGUAUGUGAGCUACGCCAGGGAGACCCUGGAGAGGAUAGCUCCUCCCUCCAUCUCGCUGUUCCAGUCUGCCCCCUCCUCCCCAGUGAGCUGCCUGGCAUCAGGCUUCUACCCCAGAGAAGCGCUGAUCUACUGGACCAAGGCCGGAGUGGAGCACCAUGAGGACGUGGAGUACAGAGACACGCUGCCCAACCCGGACGGAACCUUACAGCUGAGAUCUCUUCUCUCUGUCAGACGUGAGGAGUGGAAGGAGAGCAACCUCUCCUGUGUGGUCCAGCACCAAGGCAGGGAGGUCACCAUUCCACUUGACCCAUCUAAGGUGAUCACCAACUGGACCAGACAUCCUACUCUAGCCCCAGGCCUCAGCCCUGGCCUGGUGGGGGCGGUGGUGGGGGUGGUGCUCACUGUCCUCUCCAUUCUGGCUGGGCUGGUGUUUUGGAGCAGGGGGAGGAGGAGACAACAAUAGACUGCUCUGAUCCUCCCUAGUCCAGCGCCCCCCUCCGCAACACACCUCCACGGAGGAGAGGAGGAGGAGGAGGA